CUAACCGGCCAACAGAUACUCGAGGCGAUCGACGAGCCCUCGUAUCAGCGCCUGGAGCCGCCCGACUGCUGUCCCAAAGAGUACUACUCAUUGAUGUUGAGGUGUUGGGCGCACGACCCGACCGUAAGGCCUAAGUUCGCGGAGAUUGUCUCAAUACUGCCCGACUGUCGCCCGGAGUUGGUACAGGCGGUCAAGACUAGUAUAGAAUCUCCCAUUCCUACUGCCGGUGCCAAAGAGGUGCUGCCGUACAAGUCGGGCGACAUUAUCACCGUUUUGGACAAAAGCGGAUCCAAUUUAGUGGUCAACAACUCGUCGCUGAGUUUGGGCUCAAACGCCACGAGCCUGUCGUCGGCGGCCGGCGGCCACGACAGCAGCGCCGGUACUCUAUGGAAAGGCGCUCUGAAUAGCGGCAAAACCGGUUACUUCAACCCGAGUGACUGCGUCUCAUAUUUAGGCCAAAACCUGCCGACCUCUUCAUCGCAAUCCCUGUCCACGUCUACCGGAUCGGGCGGUCAGUCAACGGCGUCGACACUCGUAUCCAACGCGGCGUCCCAUGUCUUGCAAUCGAAGUUCAUUCGCGGUUUCCUCGACUCGCGGAACAGUAGCCACUCAUCCACUCAGUCCCAGUGUUCAGGGCAGGGCUCGCCGUACGGCUCCCGGCGCCGCAUACGGCCCGACAUGAUCUCGCGACCUCAGGGUGAUCUCGUGCACACCGGACACGUCGGAGCGGACGGUGCGUUCUUCGGGGACGUGGCGUUUCUGGACGGGAAGUACAACCAGUUGCCCAAACAGAUUGUCGCCCCCUAUCGGGCACAGGACGACCAGAACCACAACCACAACGGCUGUCCACCGCCGCCGCCCCAUAAGGAGAGCACCGGCUAUGGCGCCGGUGGUAGUGGUAGCGGCGCUCGCCAUAAAUGGGCUCUCAAUGAGAGGAAAUUGAAUUUGAAAAACGCGUCCAAUUCUGGGGACAGUAGUCACGAGUACCACGAGAUCAGCGAUGAGGAGGACUUCGCACCCUUAGAGAGUCCACCCUUUGAGAUCCUAGACUUCGGGCCAUCACUUGUGGAGGAAGUGUUCCGCGAAUUGGAUUCAAUAAAACCGGAACUCAAUAACGAUAUUACGGACAACGAGUUGGCCAUCAAUGAGACCACUGUUAACGUGAAGAACGAGGUCCGGGAGAUCAACCUCAGGAUCAAUAAGGAGGCGCUGCAGACCUCAUCCAAGGGCAAGAAGCAGGCGAUGGUUAAGCCUAUCUCAGCAUCGGAUCAGAUGGAGUUGGACUCAGCCAUCGCGAUGGCCAAAGACAUCGCCACCCGAUCUAUGCUUACAUUAGACAAUGAGAUGGUAGACCCGAAUGGACGCCAUAACGACUCCCCAAAGACACCGAAUUCUCCCAAUAAGAAGACCAAUAAGUUUUCAUUUAAGUUCACAUCGAAGUCGUCGCCGAAGACAGAGCGCCGGAACUUCUCGGAAGAGACCGAAAGCAUCGGUAAUAUCAUCGAAAGCAUAACACCGGCCGCGAAGGAGGCCUACAUAUCGCUCGUGGAUAAGGGCUCCGGUCUGUCGUCGACGACGACUACCGGCGCCGCCGCUGCCGCCGACCAUAACUUAGUCACAGAUAACGGGGCGACCGGUGAUGGCGACGACGACGCUGUCGAUGGAAAUCCGUUGCGAAUGUUGAGGUCGGCCGGCAUUGGCGGUGUGUUGAGGGCCAAAGUCCGGGGCAACCGGUCCUUCUCGCAGCCCCGGCUGCCCACCACUGCCCAGACGGCAGGCCUGGCAAGGGUUGCCUCUAUGAACACCCGGUCCUCAUUAGGAGUUCCCCCACCGGUGCCCACCAGUGCGUCGACCGAUGAGGUGGACAACGCCCUCCCAUUACCGCCGAGAGACCGGUCGCGACCGAUGCUAAUGCAGCUGAAGACCCAUCAGCGCCGGUAUCCGCUGGUGAUGCCGGUGGCCAACGGCGAGCAAUCAGAGCACGCGGAAGAGCACCGGCAGCUGCAGCAGAGAGAGGGCUCUCCGCUGCGAAUGCUACCGGUGCUCAAGCAGGUGUCGUGCCCGCAACCGCCCCAAUCAUAUCUCGAUAACUACUCGUCUAUGAAAUUAUCCACUAAUGACUCAAUGGAUGGCAAUUGUGAUAAAAAGUUAGCUCCAGUUCCGCCGCCAAAACCCCAAAGAAGUUACCUCGGCGACGAGUCCUUUGAGAGCGAAAUGCAAAAGGCUUUGGACAGUAUUCAAAUGGACAGCACUUCCAUCACCUCCUGUUCCCCUCCGCCACCGGAGGAGAUCUCCACGAAAAGUACGCAAAAUCACACAAACCAUACAAAUAAUGACACAAAAAGCUAUUCGACAACAACUCACUCAUCGGGCGACUCAAUGGCCACAAAAGCACUGCAUAUGCCGUCCAAAGUGACACCCAUUCAGACAAACAGCGACUCGUAUUCCUCAUCAGAACACAUCUCUUCAUACAAACCGAUGGCCACAACCACCACAACAGAUAAUCACAUAAAUAGCUACAGAAGUAGUGAUAUCACGACCAAUGGGUCCAGUGGUAGGACCACCGCCGGCACCAGUUAUAGCAGUUUUGAGUCAAGUAUUGCCACCAAAAAGAAGGGCGUCGACAGCGAUGAGGUGCGGGUCAUGCAAAAGGUUUUGGCUAAUGAGACAAACCUCUCGAGCGAAGAAUGCGCUAAAAUCCUGCACUCGACUGAUUGGGACGUCCAUAAGGCCAUCAAAUGUAUUCGAUUGAGACAACAGUUGCGAAGUCAUGCUAUCGAUGUUGAGUGCGAUUGGGCCGUAAUGUUGGCUAAAUUCAAUUGGAAUAUACGCCAGGCCUCCAACUACCUGAUCGCCACUCAGGGCGUACCCGGCGAUGCCACCGAAAUGUUAACACCGGAUAAGUACCAAAACCGCCAUUUCUUGGACCAAAUGUGGCGUAAAUUCAUGAAAACAUUUUUGAAGUCCCACUCGAGGACUCAGCUACUGUUCCGGGUACUCAUAUCACUGGUAUGUCUGUCCGGUUUCCUAUACCAGGCCAACGAAAUCAUAUCGCAGUACAUGACGGGCCGUACGUUCGUUAACAUUAAGAUCGAGCGCCUGAAGGAACGACACUUACCGGCCAUCACUGUAUGCGCGCCGGGAGUCCUAUCGUGGGCGGCAUACAUGUCCACAUCAUCCGAGUUUACCAACACUUCUGAACCACUUGCAGACAAUUCAACCACUUAUUAUAGAUACGUGAAUAACAUUAUGCACCAUAAAAACAUUAGCCUGGAUGAUUUCUACAAUCGCUUGAGCAUCAGUCUGGCUAACCAUAGCCAGGGUCAUCAUAUCCGAGAGUUCGACGACCACGUGGUUUACGAUCCGAGUCCUGUGGAGACCAUACUGUCCAACCCGGUGCCCAAGAAGUGUGUGGCCUUUUUCAGUGAUUACAACCCCUACUGGAAGGGCUUGUAUACCGAACAAAAGGUGAUGGAUAUUCGGAUUGAGCCUGAUGAGAACUGGUUUCCACCAGGGUUCAAUCACUACUCGCUGAUACUGCACUCGCCGAACGACAUACCCCUCUAUAAGGUGGAGUACUAUCAGGAAAUACAGAUCGGAUACUACCAUGAGUUCAAAUACUCGGAAAUUGAGACACAAUUGUUGCGAUCGCAUGAGACAUGUCGUGAUUAUGGCACUCAUGGGGAAUACAAGACUCGUAACGAUUGUGUGAUUGACUGCCUGUUCGGUAAACUUCAGGAAAGUUGCGGCAAAUUAUGCUUCAAAUUCCCGUUCGAGACGUUGAUAUUCAGCCGAUUCUUUCGACGGCAACACUUCGACCACCAGCUCAUCGACGACCAGUGCGCCGACUAUCAGGACCAGUGGUACCGGUGCUCACCCGACAACCUCACCCUCACCUACAUUGACGAGUGCCACGAGUGCUGCUCCAGACACUGUUCAGACAUUAUAUACGUGUUUAAUAUGGAGAAAAAGACCAAGAUUAAUACGAAUAGCAUACACGUGCAGAUCAGACACGGCAUACAACCCGAUGAGCUCAUUGAGCACAUACCUAAAAUGAGUUUCAUGUCCCUGGUGUCCAGUAUUGGGGGUCUCAUAGGCAUGUGGUUGGGUGUGUCCCUGUUAAUGGUGCUUGAUCAUGUGGGCACCUGUAUCGCCACGUAUAUCAGGCCUAAGAGUGACGAUUCUGUUGUUUAG